AUGGCGUGGCGGCAUUGUAGCAACGCCAGCGGCCCGCAUUUUCAACAGCAGAGGGCACCACUACCAUUAGGACCGUCAAGCGGUGGUUCGCUGGGUUCGCAAGCGGGGACACCGACUUCGAACACAACUCCCGGUCGGGGCGCCCACAUUGCUGAAGACUCCUCCAUUCUCGACCCUGUCAAAGAGGAUCCGGAGAUCAACAUUCGCAGUCUUGCGACGAGAAUCGGAUGCGGCCAUUCGGCAGUCCUCAGUCGCCUCCAGAUCCUCGACUACAAAAAAGUGCUGGCUCGAUGGAUCCCUCACACCCUGACGGAUGGCACUCGGUUUACCCGGGUAUCCAUCUGUUAUCUCUCCUUCUUCGCCCGAAAGGAGUUUCUCGAAAAUUUUAUUACUGGAAAUGAGAGUUGGGUCCUCUACGACUCUAACGCGCACCGUGCCGUGUGGCUGCCUCGAGGAGAAGACGCAAGCUAA